UGCCCCCAGCAGCAGGUGCAGCAGCGGCAGGCGGCCAACCUGCGCGAGCGGAGGCGGAUGCAGAGCAUCAACGACGCGUUCGAAGGGCUGCGCGCGCACAUCCCCACCCUGCCCUACGAGAAGCGGCUGUCCAAGGUGGACACGCUGAAGUUGGCCAUCGGCUACAUCAACUUCCUGAGCGAGUUGGUGGCGUCGGACCGUGCGGGGGCGGCAGGAGGCGUCGGCGGCGGCGCCGGGGGUGGACUCGGCGGUGGCGGGUUGCGCGGCGUGGGCCACGGCCCGCUGCGCGAUCAGCCCAAGAAGGUCAUCCUCAGGGGAGGCUUCGGCUGCCCGUUCACGGCGCAUUCACUAUCGUGGUCGAGCAGCCGGUCGGAGCGCACGCCCACCGCCGCCGGGCUGAUGUUCGCCAAGGUGUGGACCCCAGAGGACCCCAGGGCUGCCAGCAAGGCCGCCUCGGCUGUGCCAGCCGGCGACGCCCCCACGCCGGCGCCGCAGCGCUUCUGACACCAGGUCGCGGUUUCACACAUCCUCUGACUGAAUUACGGAGUGAAUCCUCGCGUCGCUGUGCAGUGCGGACUUGUUAUGUCACAACAGGCUGGGAGAUCACUGCAGAGACUGAAAGAAGUGGUCGAGUGCACACGCCAUCGGCAGUGUCGUUCACGGCCGUGGAUUCAGCUCACGUUAGCCCUGUGAGGGACAGUGCGCAUGCUGUUUCGGUAUACCGUCAUCAUAAAUUGUUCAGCUCUCUGUGUAAUGGAAGGGAUGUACCAAAGGAGAAAUAUUACAAAGGUCUUAUUGUGGCAGUGAAUGGCUAGCAGCCAGUGAAGAGAGAGAAGCAUCGUCUACAAACACUGAAAUCUCUAGUCACACGUACCGACAAAUUACCUAGGAUGUUUUGCUGCGUGAUCUGGCGUGUUCAGAAUUCGUUGUCUCCACUAGCUUGUUACUGAGCGGUCCCUAGAGUGGCUGACACAAAGAGUUUCCACAUCUACAUCCAUAUUCCAUGUACCACAUUAUAGUGUAUGAUGGAGGGUACUUUUAUUGCCGCUAUUAUUUCGCACUCUUUGCUCUUCCGUUCGCGAACGCCGCAUGGGAAGAAUGAUUGUCAGUAACCUUUCUGUAUGUCCUUUUUAUUAGUAUUGAGACUUUCCCCGUGUAUUUCUUAACUGUAAACUACUUUCAAUACGGUCAUAUUCAUGCAUUUGUCCAAGCCAGCAACCUUAUCGCAGUGGUAAUACUGGUCAGAUCACCGAUGUUAAGCGCUAUCGGGCUGGGCUAACACUUGGAUGGGUGACCAUCCGCUCUGCCGAACGCUGUUGGCAAGCGGGGUGCACUCAGCCCUCGUGCGGGUAAUUGAGGAGCUACUUGACGGUCAAGUAGCGGCUCCGGUCACGAAAACUGACAACAGGUGACCGUGUGCCCCUCCGUAUCCCCAUCCAUUGACGCCUGUCUGUGAGGAUGACACGGCGGCCGAUCGGUGCCGUUGGGCCUUCACGGUCUGUACGGACGGUGUUUAGUUUAUUUUACUUGUCUGUUCAAGGGCAGGUUGUGCUGCACCCUUAUUACCAUCAGGUGCUUCUCUCGCAUACUUUCCUACACGAGCUACAUGUCGUUAUGGCUGCUGCUGCCUAGCAACACGUUUAACCACGUAAAUAAGAAAGAAACAGUGGCGGCCGGUGCAAACUUUUACAAGUGUGCAACAAUAUUAUGAAAAGAAACAGAAAACAAAAUCAUAAAAAAUUUAUUACAAUAAAAACUAGUACUCCAGACAAAAAAUUGAAGUCUGGGACAAUUCUAGUGUCCGAUUCCACUCGGCGGCUUUGGGCAACGACGUCAGAGACGCCACAUAGAGGCAAUCUUUGAAAGCAACGGAUCAUAUUAGUAAACAAAUGAAUGUAGCACACGAUAAAAUUACAAACACAGUGCACGUGAUUAAUUACUUGGCCCCAAAUUAUACUGACAAGAACUAAAAGUAGCGAAAGGAAAUAAGAACGGAAAAAGAGAAGUAUACAAGUCUGAAAUAAAUUAUUAUCGUAAUUUAUGUGAGUAAGAAAAGCACAGAGAACCUUUACAUCUAGUACAGUUCAGCGCAUUGUGAAGCCAUAUUAUGAAUCAGGGUUAACUUUCAAUACUAAUUGUUAAAUCUAACGGGACGAGUACACAAGUGACGAAAAUAAUAUAUUUGCAGUAGUCUUCUAAACUGUAUAUCUCAUACAUAUUCAAAUAUACAUUCAUGCCUGUACAAAUAUAUAGAUACAUACAUACAUUAAUACUUGUUCCACAGGUCACAAAUACAUAAUGGUGUGGAACAUUUCAGCUUAACAUUCGAUUUCUUUACACAAUAUAAUUAAAUACAUAAAAAUAUGUAGAUACGUACACAUGUCCAUUCCUAUUCCCAAGUGCAUAAGAUGUACUGCAACAUACUUUCUUCAUGCUCACUUCAACUGAACGAUUAUGUUGUUUACUUUAGGUGCUUUGCCCUUGAAGGUCAUUUCAAAAGUCAAAACAUAAUGUGGAGAAAGUGCCAGUCGGCCUUGCCUUUAGCUCAGCAAGGGACGUGUCCUCGCCCAGUCCAUGAGCUGGUGGAAACACUCUCUCAAUUACAGCUUUGAAUAUUAUAAAAAUAUAUUUACAUUUUUGAGGCGUGAGAUUAAAAAGAGUUUCAAGAAAAACAAGCAGUGGCAGGCAAUGAACGUAUCGGAUCUAAAUUUUGUUAUGUGUUUCAACGUUGUAUAAAGGGAACUACGUAAAGUGAAGAAAGACACUGAUGGAUCUUAGUCAUCAUGGAGACUGUCUUGUUUUCCAAGAGUGGGGGAAAAAAGAAAUUUCUAAUAAUGUAGGUGAAAAUUUGCCAAAUUGUAAAAAAGUGAAUCUUUGCCCUUAUGUCCUGCAGAAAUGGCCCAAAAGUCUCCUUUCUUACCAUUAAACUUCCUUCAGCCUUUGCCAUUACAUCUUUUCCUGCCUUUAUGUUGUCAUAUAUGUCCACAUUGUGGUAAAUUGAGUAGGCCUACACUCAUGCAGCUAAUACCACAAUUUAACAUUUUUUGAAACACGUGGCCACAACCGAGAAUCACUAUUGAAUUCUAGUCAGUCCUAGUCGAGAUAUUAUUUUAUUCUAUUAUAUUUAUUAUCAAAGCCUGCCAAAUCUUCAAAUGA